AUGGAAGUGUCAUCAGAAAUCUAUGAAGAAAAUGAUUACGGUAGUGUCACAAUUGCUAACGGAAAUGUGAUCUCUAAAUAUAGAUUCAACAAACCUACCACAACGCUUGACGAAAGAAAUGAACUACAACAUGAUAAUGAAAGUGACAUCAUAGUAAAAAGAAAGAAAAAUGAAUUCAUUGAAAUUGAACAUAAAAAAUCGUCAAUUUUGUCGGAAGUUGGCUUGCAACUUUGGCGCGGAGCUUUCCUGUUGAAUGACUUUAUUCUCAAUAAUCCAGACAUGUUUUUGGAUAAAAAUGUUUUAGAGCUAGGAAGUGGCGUUGGCAUUACCUCAAUUGUUGCAUCAAUGUAUUCAAAGAAAGUACUUUGUACAGACAUUAACAUUGGAGGAAUACUUGAUUUGAUAAGACGAAAUGUGCUGCUUAACGAUCACUACCAAAAAUAUAGGAACAACAUUGAAAUACACGAAUUAGACUUCUUUGCCGAUAGAUGGUCAAACGAGUUGGAAAAAGCUCUUGCUGAUAUUGACAUAUGCUUUGUGGCUGAUGUGAUAUAUGAUGACGAUAUUUCCAUUGGCUUCAUCAAAACCAUUCUUAAGUUAUUUAAACUCUCACCAAAACUUAAGGAAAUGUAUAUUGCAUUGGAGAAAAGAUAUGUCUUUACUGACUGUGUGGUUGCACCGAUGUAUGAAUUCUUUAUGAAAAAGUUUUCACAAGAAACUGCUGGAAUAUUGAAGUACAAUGAAAUGUCUACUAGCUUUAAACAAUAUUUUGAUUAUGAAAAAUGUAAAGAACUUGUAUUGAUAAAGGUCAACAGAAUAUAA